GGCCGAUCCCCUCCGCAUCGCCAUCGCCGGAGAAAUCAAGCGCGCUCCCAAGUGCGAAGACUGCGGUAAUCUCUUGCAGGAGCACCAACGGAUCCGUGCUGUGUCCGACUUUUGCACCGUUCGAGUGUUCGUCACUGAUAGCCUUAGAACCCGGACAACCGUCGGGCGCAUCUACCAGAGUGUUCUGGUACGGCUAGCCGACGAUUUGUGCGAACCGCUGAAGCUGGGAUACGAGUACGUGAUUACUGGAGUGUUCAACCCGUUGAAUCAGUUCUUCGACGCGUGGGCUUUCGAGGAAUUGUAGGAUGAUGAUGGAGUCUACGCUAGGGUUGGUGUCCGAUCCGGAUGAGUUCGGAGCAGCGGAGAGCAGUAGGUAUCGAGGUGAUCGAACAACUGGCGAUGAACGAUGCGGAGAGAGCUUGCGAGUACACGUUUCAAAGCAUACGGAACGGGAAAUAAGCACCGGAAUUGUCACGGAAAGUGUUGUUCUCAAGUCUACAAGAUCACAAGUUGCUUUCGAUAACGAGGAUAGUGACGAAGAGAUGUUGUCACUUCUCGAGGUUAAAUUGAAUGAUCAACUUUCACAAGCCUUCACUUUAACAUUGAGUAGUACGGAUAAUGCGGAGAGUAAUGAAAGGCCAUUUCAGUCUACAUUCAUGGUCGAGCCUGUUGAACAAACACAAGCUUGGAAGUUUUCUCAAGCUGAAGCUCCAUCGCAAACAGAGCAACCAUCUCAAAUGGUUGACUUGUCUCAGGAUUCCUCAGUUCAAAUCAAACAAGAGGACACUACAACGUCUACCCCACUGUAUCGAGAACUCUCAGAGAUUCCAUCUUCAAUCCGGAAAAUGUACAGCUCGGUAACUGAGAAAUACAGUGACUAUUGCUUUUCCUACAUGUUAGCAGCUCAGCUGUGCCAGGAAGAAAUCCCGAUGUGCGCUUACAACGAGUUCAAACUAAGUCUUCUCCUGAGCAUAGCUUCUAUCCGGCAUACCAGUCAGUUACACCCAUUUCACGUAAUCGUGCUCGGUUCCGACACUUCGAUAUCUCAUUUGGCAAUGACCUCGGUCGGGCAGUUGGCUCGUCGCUUCAUGGCCGGUAUGUUCGAUCCGUUGGCCGGUGGUCGAGUUCUGGAAGACAACUUCGUCGAAUGUGGCGCUACGACAUUGUCGCGGACCGGAAUCUGCUACAUCGGAAAUUGGGCCAUGCUGAAGCCGAGCAAUUCGGCUCGUAUCUUGCGGGAGAUCGAGUCCGGACAGGUGAUCAUCGAGAAUCACCCGAUAGCUUACCCGCUGGAGUGCGCCAUCUGGAGUCACUGGAACUACACGAGGAAGGCCAAGCAGGAUCUGAGCACGAUUAUCAUGUUUUUGAAUGCAUUUGGGAUACCAAUUGUUCAACCAGAGCAUCCUCCGGAAGCUGUUAUGGAUUUCAUACUGGAAAGGUCGCUAACAAGCUAUGUACCUGCUGAUCAGGACGAUCUCGUUCCGCCAGAAGACAUUCAUCAGUUUCUGACAAUGCUGUACUACCAAGAAGUGCAGAUAACGGAAGCAGCAUCUAAGAUCUUGAGUGACUACUUCGUAGCAACCAGAUUGAAUGUCCCGGAAUCUCUAACUCAAACGUCCUUUUCGGCUCUACAUAAGCUAACCGAGGCCCAUGCUCGGCUUUGUUUCCGAACCGAAGCGACCCGUAUGGACGCCGUCGUAGCUAUCAUGAUCUGCGAACGGUUCGUUCACAACGUGUUCUCCAAUCCAGGUAAUGCUGCACCACUUGCCAACAGUUUCGAUACCAUUGAUGACCUAGAGCAACACCUCUAUCGCUUCGACCGAUGGUUGAAGGACUUUCUCCGAAAUAUCAAUCGUGUUUAAAAACGGUUAUCUAUUACUAA